UAUAGCUGAACGUUACUUAAGAUGGCCACUGUUAACGGUAUCGUCCCAGCACGGUUUCUGACGCUGAUCGCACAUCUCAUCAUCACCAUCAACUUGUACUGGACUAGGAGAGACAAUGUUGAAGCCUGCCUUCCGGAGACCUACACACAGGACCAGUACAACCAGAAGGACACAGAGUUGUUGGUUGGUCUGUCCCUAGCACUGGCAUUCGCAGCGGUGGAGCUGGCUGGAUUCUUCACUGGCAUUUCCAUGUUCCUCCCCACCGUGGGCAUGCUCUCAACUGCAGCUCAUGCGAGCGCCGCAGUGAGUCUGUCAUACUUCGUGUUUGAGCAGUGGGAGUGUGACCUGUACUGGUGGGUCUUCGGCUUCUGCAGUGCCUUUCCCCUUGUGGUGGAGAUCGGCGCCAUGAUUGCCAUUCUGGGCUUCAAGAAGACGUGAUGAGAUCCAGUCCACAGUCAACGGGACUGGGAUCGGAGAGAGUACUGAGUAGAUGUAAAUAUUGUAU